AUGAGACGCAGACAUCCGCUGGGUGAUCCUACCGGUAAGACUGAAUUGAUCAAUGGCCUUGACGCCUAUAUCGCAACACCCGAGCAAGGCCAUCCAAAGCACAAGCUGCUCGACGACGACUUCGCCGCCAGUAAGACCGUCAUCCCGGGGUACUUGAACAGCGACCCUAUAUCCGCGGUAGAUCUUUCAGAUGUCGCGAGAUGGGCCGUCCACCGCGGGCCUGACAAGACUCGCCCAUCUCUCGAUAAGGUCAUCGCUGGCCUUGACGGGCAGGGCGCCACGACCUUCCCCUCCGUUGGUUACUGCUUCGGCGGCGCAGGUCCCAACAACAUCAACCGGUACGGAAAGACGAACGUACCCCUCCUGAUCGAGAACCGCGCAGUUGCCCAGAUGUUCUUGCUCAAGCUGCAGGUGAGGACGAAUGGCAUCCUGGCCGAUGGGAAGCUCAUGUCGGAGUAUAAGCAGGAUUGUUGGUCGUGCUGCAGGCAUGAGGUUGCGAUGUGCGGGUAUCAGAACGAUCUAACUGUGAGAACGGGGAAGGAGAGUGUCACCAACAAGAAGUAG